GAGGCCUCUCCCUGACUUUGCAGCCAUUCUGGUCUACAGUACAAACUGCUCUGACUUCAUGGUUUUUUUUUUUUUAAUUAACAGCAGCUGGAGUUAUCCCAGUUCCACCAUUGUCUCUGUGGACUUCUUAGUUCCAACAAAUCCUUCUUCUUGUCUGUUGUGCCAUAUCACACUGAAGUCAGUGACAAGAGCCAAGCCUGAACUUCAAACACACCCAGGCAGGACAAGAGGUGCAAACAAAAACAUUUGCCAGAAAAUUAAAGGGAAAAUAAUCUUGGCAGAAGAACAAGAACGAGAAGGAGGAGAAGACAGAAUAAGAGGGGAAGGAGAAGGAGGAGGAGGAGAGGAGAAGGGAACCAGAUAAUAUGAUAUCAAAACUUUUAAAGGAGGAACUUAAGGUCUAUCCUUGAGAAAUACCAGCAGGGUAUCUUCUUACUUCUCAAUUCAUGGUCCUAUCCAACAUUACUCAUUUUAGCCCUAUGUGCUACCUCAGUGGCUUUCCUGGUUUGGAAGCCUUUGAACACUGGAUUUUCAUCCCCUUUUUCUUGAUGUACCUGGUGGCCAUUUCAGGAAAUUGUCUCAUUCUGAUGAUUAUUAAGACCAGCCCUCGUCUGCACACACCCAUGUACUAUCUACUUUCCUUGCUGGCACUCACUGACCUGGGGCUGUCAGUGUCUACCUUGCCCACCAUGGUGGGUAUUUUUUGGUUCAAUUACCAUGGCAUUUAUUUUGGAGCCUGUCAAAUCCAGAUGUUCUGCAUCCACUCUUUUUCCUUCAUGGAGUCUGCAGUGCUCCUUGUCAUGUCCUUUGAUCGUUUUGUGGCCAUCUGCCACCCACUGAGGUACUCCGCCAUUAUCACUGUUGAGAGGGUAAUGAGGGCAGGCCUAUGUGUCAUCCUCAGGGGGCCUGUAGCCCUUAUCCCAAUUGUGCUACUCCUGAAAGAUUUUCCCUACUGUGGACCUCUCAUCCUUUCCCACUCAUUUUGUCUACACCAGGAAGUGAUACACCUGGCAUGUGUGGACACCACCUUCAACAACCUAUAUGGACUGUCACUGGUGGUGUUCACCGUGAUGCUAGACCUCGUGCUCAUUGCGCUGUCCUAUGGAUUCAUCCUAUACACAGUGGCUGGUCUGGCUUCCCAAGAGGAGCAGAUCCGAGCCUUCCAAACAUGUACUUCACAUCUCUGUGCUGUGCUUGUGUUCUUUGUGCCCAUGACGGGGCUGUCCCUGGUACACCGCUUUGGGAAGCAUGCUCCACCUGCUGUGCAUCUUCUCAUGGCCAACAUCUACCUCUUUGUACCACCCAUGCUUAACCCAGUCAUAUAUAGUAUUAAGACAAAGGAAAUCCGAAGAGCAAUCAUCAGGUUCCUAGGUUUUAGAAAGGUCAAUUCUGAAUCCUGGGGAUAAAUGAAUAACUGAAUGUCCUUACUCUAAUAAGUCAAAACUCUAUCACAUUAAGUAUCCAUCACAACACCCAGCAUCGUGAGAGCUUCAACCUCCAAGUCAUAAAUAAAAUGCAAAUAUGUUUCUUUUC